AUGGCCAAGAAACAACAGAGGACCAUUAAAGCUGAGAAGGAACUUCAUCAAGCCACACUGACUCUUCUUCAAACUGCAUCCCAGCAACAUGGAGGCAAAGGCGGCUUCAACAAGAAGGGCAGGAAGGGAGAACAAGGGCGCGGUAAAGGAGACAACAAGGGUCGGCAUUUCCACAAAGACCCUGAUGCCUGUUUCAAGUGUGGGGAAAAAGGACACUGGGCCACUGGCAAGUAUGAUGUUGGUUUGAUCAAGAACUGUGAGCCAGUGGUUAUCACUCCAAAGUCUGAUUUCCGGCCCUGUCGAAAACAAUACCCACUUAAACCUGAAGCUCUUGCCGGUAUCAGACCUGUUUUUGAGUCUCUGCUCAAUGCUGGAGUUAUUGUGCCUUGUGAGUCAUCUCCUGUCAGAUCCCCUUUAUUUCCUGUUAAAAAGAUUCGUGACGUGGGCCUUCCUGUUGAGUGGCGCUUUGUUCAGGACUUGCAAGCUGUCAAUGCUGCCGUGCAGCCACGUGCUCCACACGUGCCUAAUCCUUACACCAUUCUAUCACAAGUCCCACCCACAGCAAGAUUCUUUUCUGUUGUUGACUUGGCCAAUGCCUUUUUCAGUGUUCCUGUUCAUAAGGACAGCCAGUAUUGGUUUGCAUUCAACUUUGACGGCAAGGCUUACACUUUCACCAGGUUAUGUCAGGGCUACUGUGAAAGUCCUACAAUCUACAACGAGGCCAUAAAGACCAGCCUUGAGACACUUGAACUCUCUCCAGGAACAGUUUUGCUGACCUACGUCGAUGACCUCAUGACCUGCUCGCCAACUGCUGACCAGUGCAGAAAAGACACCAUCACCUUGCUUAAACAUUUGGCUUCAGAAGGCCACAAAGCCAGUUUGUCAAAACUGCAGUUUGUUAAAGAGUCUGUAACAUUUUUGGGACAUGUGAUCACAGCUGAGGGCAAAUCUCUCUCUCCCAAGAGAAUAGCAGCAAUUCAAAACAUCCCAAAGCCAAUUACAAAAAAGCAAGUCAUGUCAUUUCUUGGAAUUUGUUCUUACUGUCGACAGUUCAUUCAAAAUUAUGCAAUCCUAGAGGCCCCACUCAGUGCACUGAUUCAUGGGCAGAGCCUCUCCUCAAAUGAUAAAGUUACAUGGACACCGGAAGCAUAUGACAGUUUUUGUGAACUGAAACUAACCCUACAGUCUUCACCCACUCUAGGUCUUCCAGAUCCAACUAGGCCUUUCAUUCAAGCUGUGGAUGAGAAAAAUGGGUGCAUGACUUCUGUUCUCCUGCAGGAGCAUGGGGGCGGGCAACGUCCGGUUGCUUACUUCUCUGCUAAACUUGACCCAGUUGCAGCUGGACUUCCGCUUUGUCUGAGAGCUGUGGCUGCUGCAGAGAAAGCAGUCAUGGCAUCAAGAGACAUCGUCGGGUAUUCACCUCUAACCCUUCUUGUCCCACAUGCUGUUUCAUUAAUUUUGCUCGAACAGAAAACUUCUCAUCUGUCCGCCGCUAGUUGGUUACGUUACAAUGCCUCAUUGUUGAAUAUGCCUAACAUCACCAUCAAGCGUUGUAAUGUUCUUAACCCUGCUACCCUUUUACCCACAAUUGUGGAUGGUGAACCCCAUGACUGUGUGCUAACCCUCCAGGAGGCCUGCACUCCCAGACCUGAUCUCCAGGAAACACCAUUAUCCAACCCCGACUUCAUUUUGUUUGUGGAUGGGUCCGCCUCUCGCGACCCCUCUACGAGUGUUAACAAAGUUGGAUAUGCUGUUUGUUCUGCACAUGACACUCUUGUUUCAGGCUCUCUUCCCAGCCACCUCUCAGCCCAGGCGGCUGAGUUGGUAGCCCUAAAUGAGGCCUGUCGUCUGGCUGCAGGUAAAUCUGUUACCAUCUAUACCGAUUCCCGGUAUGCCUUUGGUGUCGUUCACGAUUUUGGUGCCCUAUGGAAACACAGAAAGUUCCUCACCUCCUCGGGUAAACCCAUCUCUCACCACACUAAAGUCGCUGCCCUGUUGGAUGCAAUUCUCCUUCCAUCUAAAAUUGCUGUGUGUAAAUGUCAAGCCCACACCCAUUCAUGUGACCCUGUGUCUUUAGGGAAUGACAGAGCUGACAAAGCUGCUAAGGCUGCUGCUCAAGCUUCAACCACUUCCUUCCUCUUUUCUGAACAAGCCUCGAACUCUGAGGUUCCCUCUUCUCUCGCAGCUCUUCAGUCAUUCGCCACCCCCCAGGAGAAAGCCCUGUGGAAGUCAUCUGCCUGCACCCUAACAGAAGGAGUGUGGCGCAGUGUGUGUGGAAAACCCUGCCUUCCCAAACAUUUCUUUCCCCAUUUUGCAAAAUUGACACAUGGGUGGGACCAUGCGUCAAAAGCGGGGAUGAUAAGUAUGCUAACACAACAGUGGUUUACAAAGGGAUUUACAGCAUAUGCACAGAGAUUUUGUCAGUCAUGUAUGAUAUGUGCAAACCACAAUGUAGGACGAGGCAUACCCACUACACAGGCCGCACAUCCACCCCCAUCACAUCCAUUUGAACACCUCAUGAUGGAUUUUAUUGAGUUAACACCAUCUGAGGGAAAAGUGUACUGUUUGGUUAUGGUAGACUUAUGGUCAAAAUGGAUUGAAGCUUUCCCUGCAAAACAUGCCACCAGCCAUGUUGUUACAAAAGCACUACUAACUGAGAUUGUUCCUAGAUGGGGUAUACCAGCAAAAGUCAGUAGCGACAAUGGUGCACAUUUUGUCAACUCUGCUCUUGAUCAGGUCGGAAAAUAUCUAGGUAUUGACAUGAGGCGUCAUUGUGCAUACCAUCCGGCCAGUGGGGAAGCAGUCGAGCGGGAGAAUGGGACCUUAAAGAUGAAGCUGGCCAAAUGCUGGAGGACACUGGUCUCUCAUGGACCAAAGCACUGCCCAUUGCACUGACCUACAUGAGAAUGAGAAAGAGAACCAGAACUAAUCUCAGUCCGUUUGAGAUCCUUUUUGGGCGACCUCCUACACUGGGGAUUUCUACACAGGUAAAAGACGCAUUGCCCCAGCCAGCUGAAGGUACUCUACACAACCUUAAGCCAGGUGAUUGGAUCGUGGUGAAAGAUCUGCGCAGGAAGAACUGGAGAUCGAAGAGGUGGUUAGGACCGUUCCAGAUCCUGCUAACUACACACACUGCUGUAAAGACGGCUGAAAGAGCGACCUGGAUCCACGCCAAUCACUGCAGAAAGGUUCCUGAGCCUCCCGAGUAACCACACACCUGCCACACACUUACACGGCAGGGCUGCGCUGACUCAUCACAGUUCUAGAGUGUACGAAGAACGCUGCUCUGAACUGCACCGGCGAAAUACAUAAUGCACAUACACGUUCCAGAGAAUACAUCCACAUCUGUUGUCACCAAGCAACCUCCAAGGGACAACGUGGGACCGCCGACCACCAUGAGAACAUCCUGCAACCGUUCCAGAUUAGGUACCAUGAUGGGGCUGGCCUUGAUCCUCACUCUGAUCCUAUCUCCACUGGUGGUAUCUCACUCAUCGUACAGUAUAU